UGAUGAGUGUGCCCGAGUAUAGUUCGUAAGCAGAUUGCUCCAAGAGAGGCAGAAAACAAGACAGAAGGCUAACAACGCUGGCGUUUUUAUCGCUUGGGCAGGAUUUAUCUUGUAAGAUUUCCUGAGUUUCAAAUGAUAACCAAUCGAAUGGCCAGAGACAACCAAUUUCGUUAGCUGCCAGCACUUUUUGGUCAAAACGUGGCUUUGAAGGCAAUUUUUAGCUCUGGGAUCUUAAGCACUGCGCAUCACAAAAUCCUAUUGUUUUACUUGGUAUUUGGAAUAAUGAUGCAAAAUUGUUACAGAUUGUCUCGAUAUUCCAGCUGAUGGUGCGUACCAAAACUAUCAGUGCAUUAACGCCUAAAAUGUGCAAAUUGAUAGCAUGCCAAGUCUGCUAUGUCGCAAGUGAAAAUUGAUUUUUCCCGCUUCUUGGGAGAGGCCAAAUCCUUAGUUUUUACAUAGCUUUAUGUCUCAUUUUUGAAACAUUGGAGCAACGACCACACGCAACAUUGCUUCUUCCUUAAAUUGUGGCGCCAAAAGGCUAAUGAAAGUAUAAACACUGGUAAGCAGAAAUUAACAAUUGAACACAUGUCAGUGGAGGUUUAGGUCAAGGAAGAUAAGAGAACGGAAAUCGAUGAGAGAUAUCACACGGCUUUCACUGAUCAACACUCACGCACGUGAAAACACUCGGGUGGGAUUCUGGGACAGAUUCGCACCGACAGAGAGCUGUUUGAAAACAAUAGCACCUAGAAACUCUGAGAAUCGGUUGUAUAAUUUUGGCUUAACCCAUUCAGCAGCUGUCUGCGUUGAGAUUCCCAAACAAAUCGUACGGAGAGUUUGGACAGCGAUUUCGCCAGAUUUAUAGUUGAAACCGUGUAAGUGGAAUAUCAAGACUUUGGAGACGUUUUAACAUGGACGAUCGCGAUGUUCUUAAGACGGAAAUCGAAGAAGAAAGCGGUUCUCCCACAAGCAAGCAAGAUGUUAACGGAGGCUGCCGGAGAAGGAGAGCCAAACCUAAAACGGCGACAAGUAGAAAGGAACGAAGACGAACGCAGAACAUAAACGCUGCGUUUGAUGAUUUGAGGAAACACAUACCCAAUGUUCCCUCCGACACUAAGUUAUCCAAAAUCAAAACACUCAAACUUGCGAUGAGCUACAUUCAUCAUUUGGAGAAUCAACUGGAAGAUGAAAGCCAAGGCCAGGAAAUUGUUACGCCUCCUGAGGAAUCACGCCGCAAAACAGACAACAACGACGACACUGUUAGCAAUGACAGCAACAGUUCUGAUCGAUUAGAUUCUUCACCGAAGAAUUGUGACGAAAAACAGAGACUCUCUUCCCCGCCGCGUCGAAGCUCCAGAACAGGAUGGCCGCAACACGUAUGGGCAUUGGAGCUCGUGGGAAGCCUCAAACAACAAUCUGUUGCGUAAUGAUAAAUUUCAUCUGGCGAAUCUUUCUGCACAAAAAUAUUGAAAAGUGUGUUUAUCCACAUGUUGUAACUAAGUUCAGCCCAAACUGAGAUCAUUUACGCGAAAUGAUUGAAGACGUGUUCAGGAAACACGAAGUGAUUCCGCUAAAGAACGUAACACCUUCGUCAGACGAGGCUGGUGGGAAAAAUGGCUUGCGAAGCGAAAGGAUUCUGUUAUGUUACUAUUGAGACAUUUGUUUCUACUUAUCUUUAAUGGGAAAACGUUGGAAAUUAACAGGGAAUUGAAUCUGCAUUGCGGCCUAAAUAUUCUGUAAAGAGCCACUUAUAAAUUGUAAAUGAUGUUCGGGGAACCCAAAGGUGGUUGUUGAAUACCUAUAGAGGUUAUUUGGGAUGUUGGUUAUCGAUGAUCUCGAGAAUAGUUGUGUAAUAAUUGAUAUUUUUACGUUGAGUCAUAAGGUGUCUAGUCUAUAUACAUAUUAAAAACUCAUCACUUAACUUCCCUACAAUAAAAAACAUUUGAUGAAUAAGAAA